AGGCGCCGGCCGCCACGCGUCGCCGCGAAGCCCGCAGGAAGCGUCCAGAAAGUGCCACGUCGAGCUUCUCCUCCGCCACCUCCCCUCCGCUUCGAGACGCUCCCGCGCCGACUGGCCGACCCGAUCAGCCGAAGCACGCAGUCCCCCCGUCUCCCCAACGAAACACCAAACCCCCAAAACUCGCGGAGAAGAAACCCGAGGGCGGACCGACACGAUGGAGAAGAGGGAUCUGCUCGGCGUCCGCAAGAGGCCGCAGCCACCGGCGGCGGCGAAGCGGCGGCGCAGGGUGGUGGCGCCCGCAAAGGCCGGCGGCGGCGCUGGCGCUCGAGGCCUCGCGAAGGCGAUCGCAGCAUACCUCGCGUCGGACUCCUACAUGUACGCGCCGCUGGUGUCUGCUCCUCCUUCCCCGCCGCCACAGCCGCAGCCGCCUGCCGCGGCGGCGCCCUCUUCGGCGCCUCCAAUUUCCACUCCCGAAAGAAGUCACACUGGUGCAAAAAUACAGAAGCUCUUGGCAAGCUACCUUUACUGCCUACUAGAAGCAUUGGUGGACAUGUUGGAGUUGUUCAUGGAGCUGUGUCCUUUAAGAAUAAGCUUUAAGCUGUAGCAUAGUUGUUUACAUACUAUGUUAUGUUAAAGUCAAGACACUGUCGGUUAACAAUCUACUUUUCUUCUGGA